AGCCAGAGGCUCUGCUAAAGAAUCAAGCAGGAAGGGGAGGCGUUCUCCGGCUGUAGAUCCGGGAAAUCGGGGCCCUAGGCGUCUCCACCUAUCCCUGUAGCUAGGACCUACUGGGAGUCAGCAACCUCGCGAGCCGGAGCUGGGUCAGGUUCGCUGGGAGAGCAGAGGAGAUGGAGGCCAGAGAAGGAAAGGAGCGCUUUCUGAAACAAAGGCAAGUCUUGAUAUUCUUUGUUUUGCUGGGCAUAGCUCAGGCUGGUUCCGCGCCUAGGCAUUACUCAGUGGCCGAGGAAAUGGAGAGUGGCUCCUUUGUGGCCAAUUUGUUAAAGGACCUGGGAUUGGAGGUAGAUGAGCUAGCUGCGCGAGGGGCCCGCGUCGUUUCCAAAGGGAAAAAAAUGCGUUUGCACUUGGAUAGGCAGACCGGGGAUUUGUUGUUAAAUGAGAAACUGGACCGGGAGGGGCUGUGCGGCCCUACCGAGCCCUGUGUGCUCCCUUUCCAGGUGUUACUGGAAAAUCCUUUGCAGUUUUUUCAGGCCGAGCUACGGAUUAGGGACAUAAAUGAUCAUUCCCCGGUUUUCCUAGACAAAGAAAUAAUUUUGAAAAUCCCAGAAAGUAUCACUCCCGGGACUGCUUUCUUAAUAGAAUGUGCCCAGGAUUUAGAUGUGGGAAGCAACGGUCUCCAAAGUUACACAGUCAGUCCCAAUUCCCACUUCCAUCUUAAAUUACAAAACAGUUCCGACGGCAUAAUAUUACCACAGCUGGUGCUGGACAAAGCGCUGGACCGCGAGGAACAGUCUGAGAUCAUGUUAACUCUAACGGCGCUGGAUGGCGGGGCGCCACCCCGGUCUGGCAGCGCCCUGGUCCGCAUUGAAGUCUUGGACAUCAAUGAUAAUGCCCCGGAAUUUGCAAAGUUGCUCUAUGAAGUCCAGGUUCUGGAAAACAGCCCCAUUGGAUCCCAGGUGGCUAUGGUCUCGGCUAGAGAUUUAGACAUUGGAGCCUAUGGAGAAAUAUCUUAUGUCUUCUCCCAGGCUUCGGAAGAUAUUCGCAAAACUUUUCGAAUAAAUGCAAAAUCGGGAGAACUCCUUUUAACACAGAAACUGGAUUUUGAAUCCAUUCAGACGUACACAUUACAUAUCCAGGCGAUAGAUGGUGGGGGUCUUUCUGGAAGUUGUGUGGUGCUUGUCCACGUGGUAGAUUUGAAUGACAACCCUCCGGAACUGACCAUGUCAACGCUUAUCAAUGAAAUCCCAGAAAACUUGCAGGAGACCGUCAUUGCUGUAUUCAGUGUUUCAGAUCCUGACUCGGGAGACAAUGGAAGGAUGGUUUGCUCCAUCCAAGAUCACCUUCCGUUCUUCCUUAAACCCUCUGUUGAGAAUUUUUACACAAUAGUGACAAACACAGCCCUGGACCGAGAGAUGAGAUCUGAGUACAACAUCACCAUCACCGUCACCGACUUGGGGACCCCCAGGCUGGAAACCCAGCACAACAUCACCCUGCUGGUCUCCGACGUCAACGACAACGCCCCCGCCUUCACCCAAACCUCCUACACCCUGUUCCUCCGCGAGAACAACAGCCCCGCCCUGCACAUCGGCAGCGUCAGCGCCACAGACAGAGACGCGGGCGCCAACGCCCAGCUCACCUACUCGCUGCUGCCGCCCCACGACCCGCAGCUGCCCCUGGCCUCGCUGGUGUCCAUCAACGCGGACAACGGCCACCUGUUCGCCCUGAGGGCGCUGGACUUCGAGGCGCUGCAGGCGUUCGAGUUCCGCGUGGGCGACGCGGCCAAGCACAGGCUGCUGGUGCUGGUCAAGGACAAUGGCGAGCCCGCGCUGUCUGCCAGCGUCACGCUGCACGUGCUGCUGGUGGAUGGCUUCUCGCAGCCCUACCUGCCGCUGCCGGAAGCGGCGGCCGACCAGGCGCAGGCCGAUCCGCUGACCGUGUACCUGGUCAUCGCGUUGGCGUCGGUGUCGUCGCUGUUCCUGUUCUCGGUGCUGGCGUUCAUCGCGGUGCGGCUGUGCAGGCGGAGCAGGGCCGCCUGGGUGGGUGGCUGUUCGGUGCCUGAGGGCCACCUUCCGGGCCACCUGGUGGACGUCAGCGGUACUGGGACCCUGUCCCAGAGCUACCAGUAUGAGGUGUGUCUGAUGGGAGGCUCAGGGACCAGCGAGUUCAAGUUCCUCAAACCCAUUCUUCCCAACUUUCUUGCUCCAGGUGAGGAGAGGGCUAGUGAGGCAAACCCCAGUUUCAGGAAUAGCUCUGAAUUCAGUUAAGAAUUAGUAGGGGUCUACUGACUCUAGUCUCAGUUAAUUUGUGAAAAAUCCUUUUUUUACUGCUUUGCCCAUUGAGGUUGUUUCUUUUUAUUUGAAAUGUAAAUAUCUCAUUCAGUGUAUGUUACUAGUGUGUCUAAAUGUGUUGCUUUGUGGUAUAAUGAAUGCUAAUUUUCUUUGUAUUCUCAUUGGCGAUUAGUCUCUCUGUACCUUAAUUCCACUUAAAAUGUGAAAGUAAAUUUUGCUUUCCCAAAAGUCUGAAUUUUUAAGUUAGAGCAUCUUUUGCUAUACUCCCCUUCCCCAGGGCCUAGGUAAUUUUGCAGUCCUACAUUUUU